AUGGACAAGAGCCCAUUCCGCAAGGUGCUCAGGCGCAGCUGCAGGCACGACCUGUGCCUGCAGUGCUUGCGCACCGUCCAGAGGAGCGUCGGAAGACAAAUCAGGCCGUACAGCGCCUCGCGGGCACAGAUGAUGGAGCUGGUGAGGGAAGUGUUCGGCGAAGGCGUCUUCGCUGCCUGCGCGCUACAGCUCGAGGACGGCAGGAGCGGCGGCGACGGUGACGGCGAGGAACUGCGCUUCCGCUUCCAGGUGAAGCUCCUGGACGCCGAGGGCCUCUUCGACGUCGGUCACAGGAGGUACGCCCACUGCCGCUUGUGGGCCGACGAAAGUGACGGCAAGACCUCGGAGGUAUCCAAGCGGAAGUGGCUUCCCGAGUCCAGCGUCGAGAUGUCCGUCGAUGUGCGCGAACCUUCGACGAGCCGCCUUGUCCUGGAAGUGCUCGCCAAGGAGCCACGCAACGCCUGGGACGCCUUCAGAAUGCUCGUCCGUCCCGGUUCACUGAGCACGCUGAUUGAGUCCCUCAGGGAGCUCUUCAACCAUUACUUCAAGGCCGAGUCGGCACUAAAGCUGGUGGGCCGGCUGGAAAAGCCGAUACAGGAGAUACCGUGCGUUGGCGUCGAGGAGUGGUACGCCCUCAAGGAUGCUUCGGGACGGAACGUCGACACCAAAGUACAGGUUUCGGUCACGUUCCACACCGUGGCGACCGCCGACAUCAGCGUGCUGGAGAGGAUACGCGAACACUACGCCCUGAGCUUCGUCUUCCUCGAGCACAACGUCGAGAACACCGCCGAGGACAGCGUGGCGCGGUGGACCAAGUGGUCGGAUUGCGUGGGACGACGCGGGCUCACGCUGCUCCGGCAGCACGCCAUGCAGAACAACAUGCAGGACGUGGAGGCCCACUGCUGCUACCUGCAGGCGGUCACCGAGCACAGGAUGAAAGUUAACACCCAAAUCAGUUUCGUGGUGAUGUACUUGCUCCUUAAAGAACUUCAACUCGAACUGGGUAACACGAGGCAUCGCUUCGUCAGCGACGCUCUUGACCAACUUAUUCAGGGCCUUGCAGAACACAUAAACGCUCAACUAGCGAACCUACAUAACCAAUAUUACCUGGAGUUUGAGCUGCACGUCACAGACCUCUCCGGUGCACUGUCGGUGUGCGCGCUAAUGGAAAGCAUGAGCUCUCUGCCCAUCGUGGAGUCGGCUCGGGCAGCUCUUCAAGAGAACGAGAGAGAAUGGUACGAGCAGCUCGCAGAAUCGUGGGACGAAAACGCUACGCUGUCAGUCGUCGCAGGCACGCUCGAAAAGAUUCGCUUACACCAACAAAAAGCCAACCGGCUAUUCCAGCAGUCCUGGAACGAGACGUACACGAACAUCGUCAUGCACCAACUCGACGACUUCCUCUUUACCUCCCUGAAGCCCUGGGUAACUCGGCAGGUUGAGGACGUCAUCGCGUCUUUGCCCGGUGAGGAGGAAGAGAAGACGCUGAGUUCGAUCGAAGCGUUCCUGGUGAUCAAGACGUUUCUGGAAGAAAUCCCUAUGCAGAAAGUCGAGCCAGACGUCCUAAAGGUGGAGAAAUUCCGCGAGUGGUUUGGACCGAGGAUCGUCGAGCGCUGGUUUAAUUUCGCGUCGCGGGCCAGCGACAUCGUACUCGAAUUCGUGGCCGCUGAUGAUCUAGUGCCCAUGAACGCCAACGUCAAGUACAGUUCCUCUUUCGUCGAGACAGCCGACGCCAUCAACGCCAGCGUCGUCAGCAUCUGGGUUCUGCUCGAGUGGCCCGAGCACGCGUGCAGCUUCGCCUUCGUCGAGUGCGUGCAGCAGUGGGUCGCCGUUUAUGCGGCCGCCAUCGAGCGGAAGCUUCAGGACGACGUCGGUGGUGGCCAAGACGCCGUCAGCGGCAGUGGCUGCACUGUACCGGCCAGGCUCUGCGUCGCCGUCAACGACUUGAUGGGUAUCGCCGCGUACGUUCAGCAGAUACGCUCCAAGAUCGUUGACACGUACGUCGGAUCCCGCCACGGGUUGUCGCGAUUUGCGGACGUCGACAUCAAAGUUCACAACGCCCUGGCCGUUGUCGGUGCCUCCAAGGACAGGCUUCUGGACGUCAUCGUGCACCGGCUGCUGCCCGGUGUUGAACCCCGGAUCGAGAAGGUGCUUCGGGCGCAGAGCACCAUGGCCCAAGAAGCGGACGUGGACGGUCUUUUGCGGACCGUCAUGGCGUGCGUCACCUCACUGAGGGUCAACCUGGAGACGGAGGCGUUCGAAGCCGUGCUGUGCUUGCUGUGGGCCAAGAUGACCACCCUUCUCAAGCAGACCAUCUCGCGGCUCCGCACGCGCUGCGGCGUGGACUCGCGGGCGUAUUCGGCCUCCUACCUGGGUCUGUCCGUGAUCAUCCAGCAGCUGCCCAAGUGCUUUAUCAUCAAGGACAGCGGCGGCCUCUCGCCGGCCGCCAUGGCGGCUGACGUCUCUGCGAGGUUGCGAGAGCUCAAGGAGGUGUUCCGGGAUCAACACGGCGCUGGAGACGUCUGA